AAUCACCCUAAAGGACGGUAGAUUCUUGGUGUUCCAAGGCAAUUGUGUGGUUAAUGAAGCUGGCCUUGCCAUGGGCCUUCUUGACUCUGGCCACUGGCAAGCAGACGCCGGCAGCACUGGAAGCAUCCUACAAGGAACGCAUCGAGAAGGUCUUGAACCGCUCGGCGUCCUUAGCUGCUGAGCACUUGGCACAGCGCUUGUCCUUGGAUCCUGGGAGCCUGUUCGGCGGCUACGAGCUAGACUAUGAGAGGAAAAGUUGGGCGCACGGAUGUUUGGGGUUGGUGCUUUCGCGGGAUUCCUUGGAGAACUGCGCUUUGCGGCAGCUGCAGGCGCUUACUGCUCUGUGUGAUGUGCCACUGACCACAGCUGGAUCGAGUCGGAGACAGGUAGUUGAGGACCAUUUGAUGCGUUUGCUCGCAGAGGAGAUCCCGGAGUUGGGGAUGAGGCUGCAGAAGACCUCGGCAGGCUCCAUUUUCUUGCUGCAGAAGCCCACUGGAGAGGAUGCUAGCCCUGCCGUGCAGGCCUCACUGCUGAUGGCAGCCGUUCGCUGCGGGGAGGCCUUAAGCUUGAAGGUGCAGCUGGAGGAGGCUUCUGCCUGGUUUCAAGGGCUCAGUAGCAUUUAUCCUGAGAAUCUCUGGAAAGAGUCCUUCAGCUCCUUCCACCGCGCUGGCAUCACUUGGGAAGCCUUAGCGGUGACCAAGCGGCACAUUGGGAAAGACUCCAACUUCCACCGUGAGCUGGAGAAUUAUUUGCAUCGCUUUGAGCUCUUCUUGCGUGAUGUGUGGGAGGAGAACAGUGAGCACUGGUCCUUUGCCUCCGCUCGCGCAUUGAGCGUUCGUUUUGCCGCCGCCAAGACGCCAAGUCGCACCCGUGAUCGACCAGAUGAUGGGCGAUUGGGGUGCAUCAGGGAGGGUUGGUUGUUCAUAUGUUGUCACUCAUAGUGUACAUUUCCUCAGGCGCUAUAGUGUGUUUGAUUUCUAGAUUCUACUAGCAGCUCCAACACCUGUUUUGGCUCAGGGAUGUGGAUUUGAGGUGGUGAUCGCAUGUCAUCGCAGGCCAAGUUUUGGAACGAACGCUGUGGAUCGUCCAGCGAGCGACGCUUCCCCAUGAAACGAUGCGACGAAUAGGAGAUAUCCACAGAAAUGAUUGCUUUGGGGUGGAUGUUUGUUUUUGUCGACGGUUGAUGUUCUUGGAAGGUUGGUUUGUUCUGGGCAUUCCUGUAUCCUGAGAUUGUGCAAGACUCUGCAAGACAGAACGAGGCCAUUCAGUUGGCUUUGGCUUUGAUUAUCAUGCGUUUUCAAAAACGUUGGGGGAAGGUUGGAAAGCAGUGAAAGCAGUUGCUAAAUUGAACAACGUGUCGUUUUGAUUUCCUUUGCCAGGUCGGCCUCCGCCUUCCAAAACCAACAAAGAUACCCACUGGGCGUGGUUCGAGCCCUCCCAGGAAGAAGAAGGCUCGGAGCCGCUUUCGAACUGGGCCAGUGAGCAUGUGGACCGCUUCCUGGGGCGGCAGCAUUUGCAUCUAAAGGAUGGUCCUGAGGGCCUGUCCCAGGGGAUCCUCGCUCGGCACCCUGGAAGAACGUCGCCAAGGGCGGUUCUUUAAGGGGGGUGAAGGCAUCCAAGUUAUAGGAUGCAAAAGAUCAACCAAUUAGCAAAGGCCUCCAGCUUAAGAGCGAUGGCCUCCACCCUGCUA